AUGUUAAAAGGUACAGGAUUUCCAAUCUCUGUUCAUGAUAAUCCCUUUCACUUUAUUGAAGCGGAGCAUAGCAGUUUAAUUAAAGUGAAAAAAGGUGUUGAAUAUUUAAAGACAACAAACGAAGUUCAAGAUUGUCUAUUUUAUCGAAUCGUACAUGGAGAAUCAGAAAUAAAUCAAUUAUGGUAUGCAGAUGAUUUAUGUGCUCUACUUGUUUCUCGAUCGCCUGCUGCUCGAUUACAUUUUUUAAUUACACCAUUAGAACAUAUUCGUACUAUAAAUGAAUUAACUAAUGAUGUUUUCUGA